AUGUCCGCGAACUUCUCAGAGAUGAACCUCCGCUCGAGCAACGUGGAUAACUAUCAGAUGUACACAGCCGAACAACCAUACCCAGUAAAUGAUUUUGACGCUGGUUCAAUGUACUCUCUGCAGGAGAUUCCCCUCGAAGAGUUUUUGGAAGAAACAUCAGCAAACCACAAAUACCCCGGAGACAGUUUACCUACGCGAAACCAGAGAGGAUUAACAGAGGUUGACACCCAAAUGCUGUCCGCGCUGAUGGAAAUCAGAGACCAUCUCCCCUCGGACCAUUUGACUGGCUCACAAGAAUUUGUCGCCUAUACCCCGGGAGCUGUUGCUGAGCAAGAUAUCACUGAAAGCAUCGAAAGAGAGGAUCAAGGAUAUGUUGAUUCCGACACAAAUUAUGGCUACGAAAGCGAACUCGAUGUUCCAGGUUAUUCUAGCGCACCGUAUAUCGAUUCCGAUUUCUACCCAGAUCCGCCAACACCAUCUCCUCCUCGCCAUCGCUCAUUAACACCUGAAAUCGAGUUACACCCUUCGCUAAACGCAAAUGAGACCCGGGAAAUAGCACCCCAGUACAAGUCAAAAGUCAGACCACGGCCCGAAAGGAAGCCAAAAUGGUCAAUCGACCCUUUCAGACAGUGUUUGAAAAGGCUUGACUCGAACCUCCGGAUUGCAAUCUUCACCCGGAAAGAUCAUGAGAAAUACGCCAAAAUCCUUGAUAAAUACGACCAAUCCGCGCUUAGAAGGUCUCGGAGACGAAGGGGGAUGAGAGAAAAGGUCAACCAGCGAGGACUAGAUUACCAGACUGGAUUCAUGAGGUGGAGGGUUCAUCAAAGGAGUAAGCUGGCAUGUGAGUUAUAUCCAGGAACGAGAAUGGAAGGUCUGGGAGCAGUGUUUCAUAAUGGAGGUGCGAUGGCCGUGGAAGGGGGAUAUCUUGUUGGAAAUCAAGGUCAGAGUACGAAAGAUUGUGAAUCGCCAAAGUGUCUAGUCGGGGUUUGCGGGUGGAGGGGCAUGACACUCGGCCUUUUCCCCAAUUAUCAGCCCAUAUCAUAUCUUGAUGACGCGGCAGACGCAGACAUGUAUGAGUGA